CCAAAGUACGGUUAUUCUACAUAUUUUACAAACAGAGGUUAUUAGUUUUCUCACUCAGUAAAGCAUCAGUUUAUACUUUAUAGUCAAUAGCAAUAAUGUACUUCAAAAUAUCAAUUUUGCUACUAACUUGUUUGAUAUCUGCUAAAACCGCUCCAACCGAUACUGAUGAAGGUGAUGUUUUGAAAACUGAAUUGGAUCCAAUCAAAGUAAGUGAAGAAGAUGUUUUGAAAACUGAAUUGGUUUCAAUCAAAAUAAGUGAAGAAGAUGUUUUGAAAGCAAUCUACAAUGUCUGUAAAAUAAAACUCAAUGUUCCUAAUGAUAGAGGUCUUGAUGAGUCCCAAAUGGCAAAGUAUGCAGGAAUUGAUGAUGUACUGGAACUUAGAAAAAUAGCGAAUUCAAUUGAAAUAAAACACCUAGACAAUAUAGAUUUGGAGAUAUUCAUGUCGCUUGUGAAAGAGAUUACCAAAAGACUAAAUGUUCCCAUAUUGGGUUCCGAAGGAGAUACGGAAUCUAGCCUAGAAGAUGAUAAUGUCUUAAAAACAAUAUACAGUUUCGCCAAAAGAGAUUUCGAUGCUACUGAUAGAGGUCUUACCGUGUACGAAUUGGCAAGAUAUAUGGAAGUCAUUGAUGUAUUGGAACUUAAGAAGAUAGCGAAUUUGCAUGGAAUAGAAAAUCUAGACGAUAUAAGUUUGGAGACGUUUGAGUUGCUAACGAAAGAGAUGUUUGAAAAAACUGAUAUUGCCGAAUUGGAUCCCAAUAGCGAGUCAGAAGCUGACGACCUAUCCAAUAAGCCUACUUUAGACGAAGACGUUUAUUUAGAACGAGAAUUCGAUAACAUAAAAAUGGCUAAUGAUGUUCCUGACGGAAGUGGUCUUAAUGAGUCCCAAAUGGCAAACUAUGCGGGGUUCGAUGAUGUAUUGGAACUUAGAGAGAUAGCAAAUAAGAUUGGAAUAGACAGCCUGGACAAUAUAAAUUUGGAGACAUUUAAAAAGCUUAUGAAAAAGAUGCUAGGUGUUCCCAUAUUGAGUGGUCCCAGAAAAAAUCUAAUAGCUGGCCCAUCCAAUAUGGCUACUUUAGUUGAUGAUCUUGUUUUAGUAAAAAUAUACUGUUUGGCCAGAAAAGAAUUCGGUGCUAUUGACAGAGGUCUUACUGAGUACGAAAUGGCAAAUUUUAUGGCAGUCGUUGAUGUAUUGGAACUUAAAAAGAUAGCGAGUUCGAUUGGACUAGAUAACCUGGACGAUAAUAUAAAUUUGGAAAAGUUUAUGUUGCUUACGAAGGAGAUUUGCAAAAACUUUGAUGUUUCCUCAAUGGUUCUCGAAAAAGAGCUAGAAGAUGAACUAUCCAAUAGUCCUUCGCCUGAAGAACAAGCUGACGAAUCCAGUCAACUGUAGCUCCAAUAAAUAGUUUCGCUUUGUUACAAUUUAAAACCUGGACCAUAUUGUACUAAAAUAUAAUUCAUAAAUA